AUGGAUGCCUUCUUCAGCUGCUUCGCCGGCUCCUGCUUCGAGGGAUCCUUCAAGUCCCUCUUCCCCCAGAAAGGGAGCAGCCCUCCCAGUGGUCCGCAGAAGCUGGUGCACAGGAUGGGCAUGAACAGGUUCCUGGCCACAGUCAUCAUGGAUGCCACCUGGGACGGAGAACUCGCAACGAAGAUGGUCCGAACCCCAAAGGACCACGGCAUGACUUACGAAGACGUCCGGUUUCCUGCGCUGGAUGGCUGCCAGAUUGCUGCAUGGUAUAUCCCUGCAAAGGAUGCCUCCUCCAAGAAGCUGGCUGUGGUAGGCCACCAAUCGUGGGCGUGCGCCAACAAAUCCGGAUGCGUCUUCCACUACCGGCACGGUGCGGUCCCCGUCCAUGCGAUUGACUACGUGAAGCUUCACCGCGUCCUCUACGAUGCCGGCUACCAUGUCGUCGGCUACGACCUGCGGAAUCACGGUGACUCAGAAAGACGGCUGCCUGCCGGUUUCGGUGAGAUUGAGUUCAUGGACUGUGCAGGAGUCAUGGACUGGGUAAAUGCCCAUGCCACACUCAAGCACUGUAAGGUCGCCUUGCUACCGUUCUGCGUGUCGGGGGUGGCUUUCUUGAAAGCCAACUCCCUGUACCCAGACAAGUUCAAGAACGUUGCAGCAUGGGCUACGACCAACAUCUUCCAUGGCCCCAUCAUGUUCGCCGAUCGGCCCUUCUUCUUCGGGCUGGGGAAUGUGCAGCUCCUGAACGAGGCGUUGCAGGAGAACCAGGCAAAGUAUGCCAAGGCAGGCACCAUUAAGUUCCCGGACAUCAACAUCGUAGCUGAGAACAUGUCGGCCAAGAAGUAUGCAAAGGAUGUGAAGGUGCCCGUGCUGUACUGCGAGACGCUCCAUGACGUCCAAGACUACCACGAGGUCGCUGCCCCGGAGAUCUUCGCAGAAUUCGGCCGCGGGAUGGAUGAGGCCUCCCGACAGCGGAAUGAGCUCCAUUUCCUGGGGCCUCAGCAGCCGCCGCCCUUCAAAACUCAGGGCCGCAACCGAAGUGAGGGCUACAACUUUUACCAAUCUGAGGAGGGGAGCAAGGUGCUGCUCGGCUUCUUGUCGAAGCACUGUGGAGAGCUGCCAUUGCUCUGCGGUGGCCCCAGAUACCGUCAAGGGGGCAGAGCUUUGCCGGAGAUGCUCAUGGCCGCCAAGUCCGAAGGGCUGCGCGCCGAUGGGCAGGCGCUGGGUGCCUUGCUCAGCGUCCUCAGCGCCAAGGGCCUCUGGCGUAGAGCGAUGGUUCUGCAAAGGGGCACAGUGACCCAUCAGAGCGACGAUUCCAUUAAGGCCAUCCUAGAAGCUUGUGCCCAAGCAGCACAGGCGACCAAGGCUAUUGAGCUCCUGAACUCCCUGAGGAGUCCUUCUGCCGGGGACUUCAACCUGGCUUUGGAGGCUUGCAGCAAGGCCGGAGACUGGCAAGAGGCUGCAGCCAUCUUGGGGACGAUGUCCAAGGCCCGGUUGCAAGCCAGUGCGAGCGGCCUCAUCGCCACUGCCACAUCGUCCAGGGCCGUGAAGGGCUUCGAGGCGCUGGACAAGCUUCGAGAGCACUUCGGGCGUGCGAUGGGCGAGAGCAAGGCGGAUGCUGGGAGUGCCAUGGUUGCGGCGAUGGAGCUGCUUCAGGAGCGUGACCGCUUGGACGCGCACAGCGCAGGCUGCUGGCUACGUACCAGCUACAGGCAGGCAGCCACGCAGCUUGGGAUGCUCGCCUUCCCUUGCCAAGGCUGGAGAGAAGCCGCAUCUUCUCAUCGCCUGCGGAACCCGGUGCUGGAGCAGCAGCACUCCCUGGGACAGCGCGGGUUGCGGCAGGUCUUGCAAGAGUUGGACAUCAAGCCUUCGCGGCAUUGGGCAGGAUCUGCCUUUCGUGCAGCGCGCCGGGCUCUUCAAGGCAGCGCCGACUCACUGAAGGCUGCCGGCCAAGCUGCAUGGCUCGCUUCCUUUGGGCAGUUUCGGUGCGCCGUGCGCGUGGUCGGUCACGGCUCCUGCCAGCCUGCGCGGGAACAUGGAGACGAGCUCCUCCCGAUCUUUGUUGAGCACGACCGCGCGCUGCACGCUGAAAGACAGGCGCUGCUGAUGGCGAUCUUCGCCGCUCGCAGAAGACUCGCUGAUAUUGGAGUCUCUGGUGCCUACCGACCUUUUGACAUGCCUGCUGUGCAGGAAAGCUUGCUCAAGGCUGCGUACAAGAGAUCAGGCUACUCGGUCGACAGCGCCAAUGGCAGGUCCUCAGCGCUGCCAUCUCGGCCUUUCGCCUCGCUUCUCAGUGGCUGCGUGGCUCUUUCCCUGCUCGAGUCCAUGGAUAACUGGAGCAUAAGCGCUGCACCCAGUGCGGAUGUUUUUGAAACUUGCUUGUCGAUCGGGAUGCAGUAG